GUAUUCCCAGCCUUAGGGGGAGAUAAUAAAGAAAUGGACCCACGUACGAAAGAUAUUACUUGGAAUGCAACAGAUUUAUCUUUUCUUGAUUCUCGCACAAAUGCUUGUGAACAAGAAAUUCAAAAGAUCAUUCAUUUACAAAGUGUUGCAAACCAAUUGCCUGAUGCUUUCACAGACUCAAAGAAAGUGACAAAGCCACAUAUUCCAGCUAUGAAUACUCCUUCUCGAAUAGAAAUUCCUGCAGAGAUUAGCGAAAGAACUCUUGCUAAUGAAUCUAUGAUACGUAAAAAACGUGGUAGACCACUUGGUUCAAAAGAUUUGAAACCAAGAAAAUUUAAAAAGCAAGACGUAGUUUGUGAUGCCAAAGAAGUUCAAACUUCUCAAGAAGAAAAUGAACAUUUUGAAAAUAUCGGCUUUGAAGAUAACAUCAAUAAUAAUGAUACCUCAAAAGAGGAUCCAAUCACCUUUGAAGAGGUAAAUAUUCCAGAUAAAGAUAGAAACGUCGAUAAUUUCGAAAUUUCAAUCAAUUACGUUUCUAAUGGAAUACAAUGGAAUAGAAAAGAUAUUGAUGUUAAUGAUAUAUUUUCAUAUGUCAUCGCCACAGAUAUAAUGAAUGAACACGAUGACAAUGAGCCUAAAUCUAUUGAUGAAUGUCGUCGUAGAAACGAUUGGCCAAAAUGGAAUGAAGCGAUUCAGGUAGAACUAAAAUCGCUAGAAAAGUGUAAUGUUUUUGGACCAAUUGUCCACACGCCAAAAGGCGUAAAACCUGUAGGUUUUAAAUGGGUGUUUGUGCGUAAACGCAAUGAGAAAAAUGAAAUCGUUAGAUAUAAAGCCCGACUUGUUGCCCAAGGUUUUUCUCAAAUGCCAGGAAUCGAUUAUGAUGAGACGUAUUCUCCAGUAGUUGAUGCUACUACUUUACGAUUUUUAAUUGGCAUGUCUG